GAUAUUUAUUGUCUGUUUUUACCGUGUGAUUUUACAGUGUAAACGUCAAGUUUGGGUUUUGUGUUAUUGUACCUAGCGUAUUUGAAUAUACUUAUCAAAAGCACAAUAAUUACGAUGUUCCCGCAAAGUUCACAGAGAAGGUAUUGGAUAUUUAGCGAUGAAAAUGACUUAACAGCAUUAAGAGAGAAAACCAAUGCAGAAUUUAUCCAAAGACAUGGUGCGAAUAUGAAGCCAGAGCAGAGAGAAGAAUAUUUUCUAUCUCACACAGAGGAACGUACAUUACUUCGUUUCUAUGAAUUACAAUUGAGAGACUUCUGUCGUCGCUUUACACCUUCAAUGCCACGUGCCACUGUAGCUACUGCGUUGCAUUACUUCAAAAGAUUUUAUCUCAGAAACAGUGUUAUGGAUUAUCAUCCCAAAGAGAUUUUAGUCACAUGUGUUUACUUGGCUUGUAAAGUAGAAGAAUUUAAUGUAUCCAUAUGUCAGUUUGUUGCUAAUAUUAAAGGAGAUAGAGAAAAGGCAUCCGAUAUUAUACUUAAUAAUGAAUUGCUUCUUAUGCAGCAAUUAAAUUAUAACUUAACAGUGCACAAUCCAUUCAGACCUGUAGAGGGAUUAAUGAUAGAUAUCAAGACGAGGUAUACAUCAUUGGAAAAUCCUGAACGGUUGAGGCCAUAUAUCGAUGAAUUUUUAGAAAGGGUAUUUUUGACUGAUAGUGUUUUACUAUAUACGCCAAGCCAAGUUGCAUUGGCUGCAACAUUACAUGCUGCAUCCAGAGCCUCUGCUAAUUUAGAUAAUUAUGUAACUGAUAUUUUGUUCUCUCAAGAACAUUUAGUGUGUAUAAUAGAAGCAGUAAGAAAAAUAAGAUCUAUGGCUAAAUGUGUAGAACCUCCUCCAAGAGAAGUGGUAAGAGCUUUGGAAAAGAAAUUAGAAAAAUGUAGAAAUCAGGAAAAUAAUCCUGACAGUGAAAUUUAUAAGCAGAGAAUGCAAGAAAUGUUAGAUGAGGAAGAUUUACAGGACAAUGAAAAAUAUGCUAAAAUUAUACAAGAUCAAGCAGCUCAUGAUGAGAAAAUCUUGGGUGUCAGCAAAGUUUUGUCUCCUUCGGCUCUAUAAUAAGACAAUUUCUAACAUUGCAUUGAUAUCAUCUUUUAUACCUUUGUCGAUUGUACAUAAUAAUAAAUAAUUGAUUACUUUAUAUCAAUAAAAUUUAGGAAAGGAUUACAAUAUUUAUUAAUACUACAAUAUAUACCAUUUAGAGAUAAAAAUAU